UUAGGGCCCUGUUAUAGUAGAUCAACAGAUGGAAGCUCCAUUAAUGAUUCCUCGACUUCCUCUUCAGAAUGGUGACAUAUUUCUGGGACAAGAAGAGGGGAAAUACUCAAUUUCAUCUGAACAGACUUCAUUUCAUCUUCAAGAACAAGAACCUGCUGCUGGUAAAAGAACCAAGGUUGCCAAAUGUGGUUACAAAUCUAAAAAAUCUCAAGCAAAAGCAACUAAAAUCGUUAUGGAAGCAGUUGCGAAAGCACAUUCAGCUGGUAAUACAGACAUUCCAAAGGUUUUAUCCAUCACUGAAAUGGCAGCUACAGGUUUGGAAAAUGAAAACUGUGAUCGUAAUAAACCUAAAAAGUCCAAAAAGAGGAAAACUAAAGAAAAGGAAAGUAAGGAUGGUGAAGAACCAAAAGAGCCAAAACCCAAAAAACCAAAGAAAUCAAAAUCUCCAAAAGAAAAACCACCAAAACCACCUAAGCCUCCAAAACAGCCUAAACUGAAGAAAGAAUCAAAGAAGUCAAAAGCUAAAAAAGAAAUACAGGUAGAGGAACUAAAAGAAGUUACACCUGAAGAAGAAAAUCAAGAGGGAUCAGCUGAGAAGAAAGAAGUGAAACCAAAAGCAGUUCAGUCCAAAGAAAAUAAUAAAUCGUUACCCAAGAAAAAACUACCAAAAGUGACUUUAAAGUUUUCCAAGAAAAAACGCAAGCGUCUAGGUUCAUCAGACAACUCUGAUCUUGAAGUAACCCCACCACCUUCACCCCAGAGGGAGGGAGUUCAGAAACGACGUUCUGCAAGAAAUACAAAUAGAAAGAGAUAUAAAGAUGAUGAUGAACUGGCAUUUAGUGAUGAUAAUCUCUUAGAUGGACAAGAAUUUGGGAAAAAUUCUGAUAAAGCUAUUCAAAUUUUUGUGGAUGUAAACCAUGAUGAUUCAAUGGUAGUUGAGAAGGUUCUGGCCUCACGAAUAGUAAAAAGAGAGGUUGAGAGUGAUGUGCAAGAAGAAUCAACCUUUGAAGCUGAUGUUGAAGAAUUUUUUGUGAAGUAUAAAUUACUCUCAUACAUUCAUUGUGAAUGGAAAUCCUUAGAAGAACUAGAAAAAGGAGACAGAAGAGUGUUGCAGAAAAUUAAAAAGUUUAAGCGAAAAAAGGAAUCAAGCAAUAACUUCUUUGAUUUUCUCGAAGAAGAACCUUUUAAUCCUGACUAUGUGGAGGUGGAUCGGGUUCUCGAUGUAACAGAAACUGAUGAAUUCAUAGACAUAUCAUAUAGAAGCAAAGAGCCUCAAAAAGUUAAUGUAGUAGAUACUGAAGAUAAGGAUAAAAAACAAGAACACAUCGAAGGGGACUCUACAAUGGCAAAAGUAAAUAUAUUGGAAGACAAAGUAAAUAAAGACACUUUGCUUGAAAAUGUGGAUGAAUCCACUAAACUUAGAAAAGGUGAUGUGCUAGAUAUUGGAUUUGACAAAGAUGAAGUUACAGAAAAGAGAAAAUAUGGAGAAUGUACUGACCUUCAAAAAAAAGAAUGUAAUGCUAGUUCAGAAAAUAAAGUUCCUCAUGGAAAGAGUUCAACAUUCAUUCUUAAAGAUGAACUUAAAGAAAUGGAAGAAGAUAGCAGUAAAAAUGUAGCCUCGGUAGCUAUAGAAAAAAGUAAACUAGAAGAUGAAUCAGAUACAAUUACUGAAAAUCGAAAAGAGAAUACACAGAACGAAAAAGAAACUAGAGAAUCUAUUGCAACUGAAGGAAAACCAAAGAAAGUCUUGCGUCAUUAUUUAGUCAAGUGGCGAGGACUAUCGUAUGAAGAUAGUACAUGGGAAUUAGAAAAAGAUGUAGACCCCAUAAAGAUAGAACAGUUCUACCACUUUUGUGAACCCCCUCCCAAGGAAAAGUGGAAGCCUAAGAAAAAACCUAAGCCAUCAGAGUGGAUUAAGAUAGAAGAAUCUCCUGUAUAUAAGGGAGGAAACACUUUACGAGAGUAUCAGCUUGAAGGUCUUAGUUGGCUAACUUUUUGCUGGUAUAAUGGUCAAAACUGCAUUUUGGCAGACGAGAUGGGGCUUGGUAAGACUAUCCAGUCCAUUACAUUCCUCAAUGAAAUUGGUAACUAUGGUAUUCCUGGGCCUUUUUUAGUAAUUGCUCCACUGUCAACCAUAGCUAAUUGGCAGAGGGAAUUUGAAACAUGGACGGACCUGAAUGUUAUAACCUAUCACGGAUCAUCAACUAGUAGAAGUAUGAUACAAGAAUAUGAAAUGUACUACAGAAAUGAAAAGAGAGAACGAAUCAAUGAGAUCUACAAGUUCAACGUUAUGAUAACUACUUUUGAAAUGUUAUUGACGGACUGCUUAGAGCUUCGGGAAAUUCCUUGGAGAUGUGUCAUUAUUGAUGAAGCUCACAGGCUAAAGAACAGAAACUGCAAACUUUUGGAAGGCCUACGUCUAUUGAAUAUGGAACAUAGAGUUCUUUUGACUGGUACACCACUACAAAAUAAUGUGGAAGAACUGUUCAGUUUACUUAACUUUGUGGAACCCAAUAGAUUUAUAUCUAAUGAAGCAUUUCUUGAAGAAUUUGGGGAUCUAAAAUCAGAAUCUCAAGUUGGAAAGCUGAAAGCUGUAUUGAAGCCUCUUAUAGUUAGGAGAGUUAAGUGUGAUUUGAGUAAAUGUUCUCAGAAUAAGGUACUAGUGAUGAAGUUUUAUUUCUGCUAGGUGGAGCUCACUUAUGUACAGAAGAAGUAUUACAGGGCUAUCUUGGAGCAUAACUUUACCUUUCUAGCUAAAGGAAGUACAGGAACAAACGUGCCAAAUUUGAUGAACACUGUGAUGGAACUCAGAAAGUGCUGCAUUCAUCCUUACUUAAUAAAUGGAGCUGAAGAACAGAUCUUAUAUGAGUUCAAAACUGAACAUGGAGAACUCCCGGAGGGUAAUUUAAAUGCAAUGAUACAGGCUUCAGGAAAGUUAGUAUUACUUGACAAACUCCUGCCUCGGCUGCGUGCCAAUGGUCACAGAGUGUUGGUGUUUUCUCAGAUGGUUCGGUGUCUUGAUAUCUUAGAAGACUACCUUGUUCAUCGUAGAUAUCCUUAUGAAAGAAUAGAUGGAAGAGUGCGUGGCAACUUGAGACAAGCUGCAAUUGACCGUUUCUGCAAGCCAGAUUCUGAUAGGUUUGUGUUCUUACUAUGUACAAGAGCUGGUGGUCUUGGGAUUAACCUGACAGCAGCUGACACUGUUGUUAUAUUUGAUUCCGACUGGAAUCCACAGAAUGAUCUUCAGGCUCAAGCACGGUGUCACAGGAUUGGUCAGUCAAGAGCUGUUAAGGUAUAUCGGCUUAUCUGUAGAAAUACGUAUGAAAGAGAGAUGUUUGAUAAAGCAAGUUUAAAACUGGGAUUGGAUAGAGCUGUACUACAGUCCAUGAACUCUCAAAGGGAAGGUCUCAGCUUGGGAGGUCAGAUGACAAAAAAGGAGAUUGAAGACUUAUUGAGGAAAGGAGCAUAUGGAGCCUUGAUGGAUGAUGAUAAUGCUGGAGACAAGUUCUGUGAAGAAGAUAUAGAUCAAAUCCUAGAACGUCGGACUCAUACCAUCACUAUUGAGAGUGAAGGAAAAGGCUCCACAUUUGCUAAGGCCACGUUUUCAGCUGGAAAUAUUAAAGAUGAUAUUGCCUUGGAUGAUCCAGAGUUCUGGGCAAAAUGGGCUCAGAAAGCUAAUAUUGAUGUAGAUGAACUAAAAAGUAAAAAUGAGCUUAUUGUUAAAGAACCAAGGCGACGUACUCAAACCCAAAGAUUUGGAGCUGAUGAUCAUGUUUUAGGCCUAUCUGAAUUAGAAUCCAGUGAUGAAGAUGACGAUGCUGUAUCAUUCCGUACCAGAGGAGGUCGUACCCGCUCGCCAAGAGGACUACUUGGUUGCAACAGGAGUCGGAGUCGAGGAAGUCGGCGGAGGGUUGGUUUUGAUAAAGAAUGUGAGGAAGACUUGCUGGAAGAAGUCAUACCUGGUAAUUGGUCAAGAUCUGAAUGUUUCAAGGUUGAGAAAGGAUUGCUUACUUUUGGCUGGGGUCGUUGGGAGGAAUUUCUAGCUUUAGGUCAGUUCAAGAGGAGUUUGACAAAAAAAGAUCUACAAGGCAUCUCAAGGAUAAUUCUUCUUUUCUGUCUCCAACACUACCAUGGAGAUGAGAAGAUCAAAUGGUUCAUAUUGGAUUUGAUUAUGCCAACAGAGGAUGAUGAGAGCAGAAUUAACAAAAGUCAUUCUGGUCUCUCAGCAACUUUGCCAAGGGGCAGAAAAGGAAGGAAACUCAGGAAGGAUGGAAAAGGGUCACCUGUUACUCCAGAUAAUAUUUUGGCAGAUUGGGCUCAAAAUGAAAAGUAUAAUCCUGACUUCUUGUUUAAUGAUACAAUCUACAGAAAACAUCUUCAACGAAAUGCUAACAAGAUUUUGUUGAGGGUAAGACUUCUCUGUUAUUUGAAACAUGAAGUGAUUGGAGAGCUGUGCCAACUAGUGGCAGCAGGAAUACCAUCCAGUGAUAUCCCCAUCCCAACAACACUUUCUGAUGGAGAAUUCCCUGUCCCCUGGUGGGACAAGGAAGCAGAUAGAUCCUUGCUUAUUGGUGUCUAUAAGCAUGGUUAUGAACGAUACAAUGUCAUGAGGCAGGACCCAGCAUUGUGUUUCUUGGAAAAAUGUGGUCCUCCAGAUGGAGCUGCAUUACUUGCAGAAAUGACUGUUAAUGAUGAGGACAUCAUGGAGAAGGUGAUAUGGAAAGAUAGAAGGGAGAAAGAUUAUUUAGAUGAUGAUGACAACUCAUCUACUGCCACCUCAGAAGUUCAAACACCAAAGCCCCUUCCCGUACUUGAGAAUGGUGAAGUCACAAGCAUGUCAGUUGAUGAACCAGGUAAACUAAUAUUCCCUUCAGUUUCGGAUUUAAACACAAGACUGCGGAAGCUUAUCACUAGUUAUCAGAGAACACACAAAAAAGAAGAAUUAAGACUAGCACAAAGAGCAAGAGAUGAACCAAUGAGAAUAGAAAGAAGAGAGAAGUUUGAAGCAGUUAUUAAGGAAAGGGAAAUGAAGAAAAUGGAAAUUCAACAAAGGUGGUCCCGCAGAGAAGAAGCAGAUUUCUACCGUACUGUGUCCUCUUUUGGUGUAGAAUACAAACAUAACGAAAGGAAAUAUGUAUGGAAUCGCUUCAAGGCUAUAGCAAGAUUGGAUAGGAAGCUUGAUGAUACUCUGACUGAAUACUUUAAAGCCUUCUAUGCAAUGUGUAAACGAGUAUGUGGCAGGAAAUUGACAGAAGAAGAAAAUCUUAUUCCACUCACUGUCGAACCAAUCUCAGAGGAACGAGCCAGUCGUUGUCUCCAGAGGAUUGAACUCCUGAACAAGAUACGAGAGGAGAUCUUGUCUCAUCCUGAGCUGGAUGAAAGAUUAAAAUUGUGUCAACCCUCAAUGGACCUACCAGAUUGGUGGCAAUGUGGAAAGCAUGACAAAGAUUUGCUCAUUGGUGCUGCCAAGUAUGGCUUGAGUCGAUUAGACUUCCAACUUCUUCAUGAUCCGGACCUGUCUUUUAAAGAUAUCUUAAAAGCAUUACCUCAGGGAAAGACAUUUGUCAACAGUAGCCUAGCACCAACCUCAUCAGGAGGAGCUAGCCCAGAGGGGAUAAAAAUUAAAGAGGAGACUCAAGUGAAAGAAGAAAAGCCGAACUCUUUAAAGGAUAUAGUAAAAUAUGAAAUAAGUAUAGGUGAAUUAGAAUAUCAAUCCAAGACAGAUAACCCUGAGAAAAUGUUAACUGAGAAUAAGGUUGAAUCUGAGAAGGUAAAAAUAAAGCCAUCUGAAGAUGAUGUUACAGAUGAAGAGGAGAAAAUUGGACUUGAUAUAGAUAACUCUGAAGUAAAAGAACCAAAUGAACAGAUAAAAACAACUAGCCCGACAAAAGAAGACACAAAAACUGUGCUAAAGGCAAUUAAUACAAAUAGUGAACACAAAAAUUUCCCUAAAGAUGCAAUUCUUAAAGAAAAAGACUCCAUGGCAAUAGUUAGAAAUGAAACUUCAGAGAAAGACAUUAGUGAUUCUUUGAGAAAAACAGAAAUACUCUCAACCAAGUGUGAUGUUGAAUGUAAUGAAACGUAUAGGGAGAAAAAUAAUUCAACAAAAUCCCAAUUGGAAGAAAACUCUAACUUACCUUCCUGUUCUUCUCAAAUAGCUGAAGAGAAAAACACAAGUGUCACAAAAGUUGAUAUUCCUUUUCAGCCAGAAGAGUCUCAGGACAUCUUCCAAAAUGAUGACAUUAUGAACCAUGGUAGUUUUAAUCUGGAAUUCAACCAUGAAUCAGCUGUGGCCCAGUUUCUAGCUCAUUCUUCAAGGAAUCCCCUACAAUGGCCUAAGGACAAGGUGCUUCAGAUUAGAGUUGAGCACAUCUCUCAUGCUAUAGAAAAAAAUGAGUGGCCCAUUGUAAGACAUACCUUUAUGCCAAAUUUCAUGAUGAUGGGAAGUGCAGCCAGUACAACCAUCACUACUCCAUCUACAUCAAUAGUUCCAGGUAGUGUUUCACCACGGGCUGUUUCUCCUACCUCCAGCUCUGUGAAUCAACACAGUAAUGAAACUUCAUCCCAUUGUACACCAGAUAAAAUUCCUCGCAAAGAAUCCAUGCUACAGGACACACUUAUUACUGCGUCGGAAUGUGGAGUGGGUAGAAGUAGUCCCAUGCAACCUAAAAAUGAUGCCAUUGGAGGACGCCGUAGAAGACGAAGAAGAAGAUUUGAAAUAGAAGCUGAAAGAGCCAAACUGCAUGCUAUGGUGUCUCACAGCAUUCGGCAACAGCAGCUUCAACAACAGCUGCAACACCAGUUUCUGGCUCCUCCACCUCCGUCAUCUUUACUUAGAACACCUUUACGGGAUGAUCAUAACACAUCUGAUGAGGGCUCCUCAACUGUUAAACCUUCAAGUGUUAUUUCCAUUACCUCCACCAGUGGUCCUCCACCAGCACACCAGAGCUCAACAAGUAGGGUUCCAGUUACUACUAGAACGCUUGAUCUAAGAGUUAAACCCACCUCAACACAUUCUGGUACCACUUGUGUAAACACUACAUCCUCAAAUCCAGAAUCCUUUGGGUCAUCUUCAGCUCCCAUAGAUCUUAGUUCUAGUUCUUUGCCAUUAAGUCGCCCACCAAAUUAUCAUUCUACACUCGAAGGCAGAUCCCCUACUCGAUAUGGCAAUGGUUCACCUAGAGAUUCCCCAACCAGUACACGAGUAACUAAUACAAAUAGUCGUGGACAAGUUCAGACCAGGAUCAAAGGCCAAGGUAGGAUAGGAAGUAAAAUUGAUGCUUUAGCUCUGAGCUUGCAAGCCAGGAAACAGCAAGAGAUGCUAAUGGAACAGGAACGGCAACGCAAGCAUAUGGAACUGUUGCAGUCUCUUGAAAAGUCCAAGGAGAAAGAACGACAUCUGUUACGUACAGCAGGAUCCUGUAAGACUGAUGAGCAGGAUAAGCUUCUUAGGAACCAUCCUGUAAAAGGUGGCUUGUCAUCAUCAUUGGGGCCAUUUGCUUCUAUGCAUUCUCACAAGCAGGAGAUAUCGCGUAGUUCUACGAUGAAGAAAGAGCUGUCCUCCACACAUGCUAAGGCUGAUGAAGGCUCUAGACACAUUGGUAAUAUUUCUUUGGCAGAACAAGCCGCGGCAGUACGAAAAGAUUUAAAGAGGUGGAUGGAGGAGCAUCCUGAGUUGAUUGCUUCUAAUCCUAAUUUGGCAGCUGCUGCUGCUAUGGCCUUCAGUCCAUUAACUAGCAUGCCACCUCAUACUCAACUCCUAGAACUUCCAGAAGGAAGAAAACGAAAGCGGCGACCCCGUCUGGAUCCAUCCAGGCUGGAUCCUACAAAACUUACUGGAGAGGAGAAUGUGUCUGUUAUUAACAGAGUUACUGGCAAAAAGGUCACUGGUAGUAGAGCUCCACCCCUUAAACAUCUAGCUGAAUGGUUGGAAAAGAAUCCCAUGUUUGAUGUUGACCCUAAAUGGAGUCCUUUAUUCAAAGAAAAAGGUAAUCUACUAGACAUCCUUCAGGGACGAUCCACUAUGCCCACAGAAAGACGAGGGGAAAGAAGAACAGGUUCACUUCUUGCUAGUUCCCAUCAAAAUCUCAAUUUUCCAUCAACCACAGUGACUUUUCCAUCACCUUCUAGCAUGAAUCCUCUUAAUUUUGCUUGUAGUAGUAGUAGUAGUAACAGCGUGCUUCCAGGCUUUCCAGGAGGAAUGAAAUUUUUUAUGGAUCCCUCAAAAGGGCCAUCAAGCUCGGCUGUUUCCACAACAUCUUCAGUUACAUUGCCUGCUACCCCUCCCUUAUUUUUACCAUUUGGUGGGCUGGCAGGAAUGAGUUUAACAAAUCCCCUGUUAAGUUUUCCAAGCUUUAAUUUUCCUGGCCUUCAGGGAAUAAGUUCUCUUGCAUCUUCUUCAAGCCUUGUUUCAGAGAAAGAUAAAAGUGAUAGAGAACAGACAGACAGAAUUAGGGAAAAGGCAGUCAGUGGAAUGUUAUCAAAAGCUAAGGGUGUGACACUUCCAUCAAUGUCUAGGACUGGAACAUCAGCUUCUGCUUCAAGUGGCAUGUCAUCACUAGCAUCUGCCAAUUCACUUCCAUUUCUUUACCCUUCUCUGGGACUUUUGUAUAACCCACUUGGUUUAGGUGGCUUUUCCUUACCUCCAAACAUGCCUGGUUCUCUUGCAUCUGUAGGUCAGAGUGAUCUAAUUAAUGGGCUAGUUGGGCUUAAUAAUUUAAGUAGUACACCAAGUAUGGCUUCUCAUCCUUCUGUAACAGGUUCUGUUUUUUCAUCUACAAAGUCUUCUUCCAUCACUAGCUUAAGCAAUCUCUCCUCAGCUCGUACGGUUACUGCCACAGCCAGCAACACACGUUCUACAACAACAAGUAUCACUGGGGCUGGUUCUAUGUAUAGUGGAAGAGACUUUAACCUUCUAGCCCAACAAGACUCGGAUGAUGAAAGCUUGAAGUCAUUGAUGGGUAAUCAUGAUGAUGAUGAUGAUGACCUAGAUGAUGAUAAACUUGAUACAGCAGACAGUUUGGGUAAAGAUGACAGCGAAACAGAAGACGAUACUGAAAAGAAUGGAACAAAAGAAUUAUUAAGUGGUUCAAACAUUUCAGAAAUAAAGCAGACAGAAUUCUCUUUACAAAAUACUAGCAAAGGCACAGUUGGUACAGCAGACACCCAUCCACCUGCACAGUCCUCACAGAAUGAAAUUAAAGUGAGUGAAACUACUACCUCAGACAGCAGCAACUCAGUGGAAAACAAACCAUCGUAGCUUUUGUUUUCUUUUCAGAUCAAGUACACAUAAAUUAAUUGGCUUGGUUUCUGUGAUACCACUUUGAAAAAAUGUCAGUCAUCUUCCUCAUCCCUAUAAAGAACAAGGUCUGAAACUGAAUCUGCUUGUAUAAGUAUCGGUACAAAAACUGCCUUCUGGAUAAAGAAAGUGACAACUGUUUAUUUUUUUGUUAUAUAUAUAAAGGAUUGAGGUAUUUAUCUUCAUUAGAAGUUGUAUGUAUGAAUGCUUUAUUAUUAUAAUUGUUCACUGAUUUUUUUGUUGUUUUUUUUUUUCUUUCACUAUGGCAAAAAUCUCCCCUCCACUAUAAAUCUGCCAGAAUUAUAGUACGGGUUUUGUAAAUUGGUAGAAGUAGUAGUGUUUGACUGUAUCAUUUUAUAUGAUCAUUGUUAAACUUUUUUUAGACUACAUGGGUUAGUGAGUCAGGACUUUAUUUACAGGUUUAAUCAGCUUAUAAUUACUUUAUCCUUGUAGUCACCUUAUAGUUAGGUUUGUGUUUUUAGUAUUGUGCUCAAGGAUGAUGUUCAUUGCUAUCUAUCUAAACAUUUCACAAUCCCUCUGUAAUUUCCAGCUAUUGUAUUUACAAAUAAGUAUAUGGGAAACACCUUUCUAGUUUGAUGCUUGUUUGCAUGUGAUGCUAUCUGCCUACAUAACGGCAUACUUAGAGAUAGUAUCAGUUUUAUUUAUUUUACUACAGUACAGUUAAAAGACAUUAUGUUCUGUGUUCCCAUGUAAUUAUUGGUCUACAGUUGAGUUAUAGCCUCUUGCUAUGAAAUUACACUUGUCAACUAUUUCUUCAACAGAUACAGAUAUGAGCAUAUUAUUAUUUAAACAAGAUCUGGAUGCUUAAAUAACUUUGGAAAACUGGCAGAAGAGGUAUUGGUGUUAAUAAAGCAGUAGAAUGAAUCUUCUACUUGGUCACAGAGCUUAUGUACAGCUGUGGAAGUAUUUGCAUAUAUGGGAAAGACUUGUUUUUGUAAAUCAUGAAAAACCAACAUUGCAUUAUCAUGUAUGAUUUUGUAAAAGCACCUAAUAUUAAUUUAAGACGUUUCGUUUUGUAGCUCAUUCAUUCUCAAGUAUUUCAUGAAGGUACAAGUAAAUGAAAUGUUGCUGUGUUAAGUUCUUCGUAUGGCGAAAACCAAAUGGUAUAUUUUGAAAGUAUUUUUUUUACCUGUAUUGGUUUACAACACUGAUUGAGUAUGCAUAUUGUGAACAGGAAGAGUAUAUGUUUUAAGCAAAAUGUUGUGACUCAAUGUAAUUAUAGUUUUCUAAUUAAUUAAACAAAAGAUGAAAAAACAGAAUGCAAGUUAUGUAAGCCCUUUUUAUAUAAUUUGCUAAAAGUAUUUCCUUUUGCACAGGUUUUAUUUGGUUAAUGUUGAUUCUUUUUAAAAUAUUAUAGCAUAUAAAAAUAUUUAUAAUUCUUAAUUAAUAAAUGGUUAUUUAAGUAAAGUAAGAAAAUUAAUUUUCAUGAAUAAAUUAAAUACGUUAAAGUAAGAUACUUCAAAAAUUGG